AUGGCUUCACCAAGUGCUGCCCGGAUCUCUGAGAUGUGGACUGACCCUGCUCCACGGCACCUGCGGACUAGUCUAACCCCACCCUGCCCGGCCUCUCGCAUCGAGUGGGGGUGCGGGGGUGUGGAGAGCCGGUGUUCGCCUGGGGGUGUCCGGACGACGCGGCCACCGCCACCCCUGACGCCCCGCUGGCGGGCAGCGAGCCAGCACAGGAAGGCUGCUGCAUACCUGCCCCUGCCUGGACAUUUGGAAAGACUUCGUUUGAGGAGCCGGGAGCAGGAGGCUGUUCACUGGCUCAGAACACAGUGGAGAAGAAUACGUGCCAGGAAGUUAGGAGUGAACACCAUUCUGCCCUGCCAAGACCAGUACUUUGUAGGAGGCCAGAACUAUAAUUGCCCGUAUUCCACUACAACGUCAGAAUCUGGUGUUGACGUUUCCACGGAUACUUGGGUCUCUUUCUGGGCUGCUGGUCUCCUGGACAACAGAGAGCCCCAACAAGCACCACAGGCACAGGAAUCAUCUAGUGACUUGAAUUUCCCCUUUCCUAACUCUUGUUCGUGGGAAGAGGCUCAGCUUUCCUCUCAGCUCUACAGAAACAAGCAGCUACAAGAUACUCUGGUGCAGAAGGAAGAAGAACUUGCUAGGUUACAUGAAGAGAAUAAUCACCUCAGACAAUACCUGAAUUCUGCUUUGGUGAAAUGUCUUGAGGAAAAAGCCAAGAAAUUGCUUUCAUCAGAUGAUUUCUCCAGAGCAUGUGGAAAAUUCAGAAAGGCGAAGAGGAAACCCAAAGAGCAACGAUAUUUUCCUCUGGAGACCCCCCAUCGCAAAAAUGCCAAGAGAAACCUCUCUAGUGAGUUUGCUAACUGUGAAGAACAACCUGCCCCUGCAGUGGACCCCUGGGUCCUUCAAACACUUGGGUUAAAAGACCUCAAUACCAUUGAUGACACCUUAUCAGCUAACUACAGUGCCCUCUCCCCGCAUCCCAAAAAAAUCACCCGGGCAUUUCCCCAGUUUUUAGAGAAUGCAGUUGAUUAUGGAAACGCCCCCACGGAGGAUAUGACAAUUGACUACGGGGGUGAGAGAACAACCCCUUCCCACAGCACUGCCAGCAACAGGGAAGAUUUUCACUUCCUUUCUCAACUUUCAAAUCCCCUGGGAGGGCUGCCAGCUCUUCCUCACUAUACUUCUGAUGUGUUGCCCAAUAAAACGGAGAUGGCUUUUUCCACAUCCCUGAGCCCUCACUGUAAUGUGAAAACUCAUUCCUUCCACCAGGGACAAGCCUUUGUCCGCCGAGAUGAGAAAGGAGGCUGGAAGUUUACCUGGGUCCCUAAGCAGUCUUAG